AUGGACGAGAUCCACCGGCUCGUGCGGCAGGCGUGGAACAUGCCCGGCGUCGGCCGCGACCUCGCCUACGCGCUCUGCGACGUGCUGCGCACGAGCGGCGCGCUCGACACGCUCAUCGCUCACUGCUCGGACCCGUCGUCGGAGCUGCGCUUCCAGUCGGCGCGCACGCUCGAGCAGUGCCUGUCGACGAACAACCGCGACUACGUCGUCGAGACGGGCUUAGACGGCGUCGUGAAGGUCGCGUGCAUGAAGGGCGAGCCGGCGAUGGCCCGCGUCGGCACGGGCAUCCUCGAGAACCUCUUCAAGCACUCGGAGGAGACGUGCACGAAGGUGGUGCGUCUCGGCGGGCUCGAGUCGAUCCUGACGCAGUCGCGCAGCAACGACCUGCCGACAAUGCGGCACUGCGCGGCGGCGUUCGCGAACCUCGCGCUCUACGGCGGCGCCGAGAACCACCAGCUGAUGAUCAAGCAGAACGUUCCCGAGUGGCUGUUCCCGCUCGCGUUCUCGAAGGACGACAGCACGCGCUACUACGCGUGCCUCGCGAUCUGCUCGCUCGGCUCCAACAAGGAGAUCGAGGCGGCCGUCAAGAAGUCCGGCACGCUGGAGCUCGUCGAGCCGUUCCUGACGUCGCACGACCCGCAGGAGUUUGCGCGCAGCGACGACGCGCACACGCACGGACGCUCCAAGGACUGGCUGCAGCUUCUCGUGCCGUCUCUUACCAGCUCGCGCGUCGAGGCACGCAGCCUUGCAGCGUUCCACUUUGCGAUGGAAGCGAGUAUCAAGAAACGACAGAACCGCCUCGAGGACUUCUACGAGAUCGGAGCGAUCGACGCGCUGAAGCGGGUUGCGAGUUCUCCGAACAAGCUAGCGAGCAAGUACGCGGGCGAGGCUCUGCAGAUCAUCGGUGAGGAGAUUCCACACAAGCUCAGCCUGCAGGUGCCGCUCUGGACGACCAUCGAUGUCCUCCAGUGGGUCAAGCAGAUCGGUUUCGAGUUGUUCGAGUCGGAGUUCACGUCGUGCAGGGUGGACGGAGAUUUACUGCUACAGCUAGACGAUGCCAUGCUGGAGAGCGACAUCUGUAUGAGCAACGGCAUCCUGAGGAAACGCUUCCUGCGGGAGCUGAAGACGUUGAAGAUCAACGCAGACUACUCGUGCGUCGAUCCGUCCGGCCUCGACUCGUGGAUGCUGCGUCUGCAGACGGACCUCUCUCAGUACUCCUACUCGAUGCUCCACCAGGGCGUCUGCAUGGACAUGCUGCCCUACCUCAAUGACGACCAUCUACGAGACGACUGCGGCAUCGGCAAUGGCAUCCACCGCCUGCGCAUCGCAGGCGCCAUCCGCAACACGCUAGCCUGCUUCUACUGCCUCCUGCUGAAGGUGCACCUGCAGCUGCGUGGCUUCCGCGUGUUCAUCGACGUGGAGCGGCUGGAGGUGGGGAAGUUCGACAUGAACCUGCUGACGAGCAUCCGCAGCUCGAAGAACUUCAUCCUCGUGCUGACGACUCACGCGCUCGACCGCUGCCUCAACGACGAGAACUGCAAGGACUGGGUGCACAAGGAGGUGAAGGCAGCGUUGGAGUGCGGCUGCAGUAUCAUCCCCGUACACGACAACUUCGAGUGGCCCGAAGCCGAGCAUCUACCGGAGGACAUGCGGGCCGUCUGCCACUUCAACGGAAUCAGGUGGAUCCACGACUACCAGGAGGCGUGCGUCGACAAGCUCGAGCGUUUCCUGCGCGGAGAGAACGCCAUGACGAAGAGCGACAGCAUGGCGCCGAUGCCGCCCAUGCACGGCGCCGGCGCGCCCAAGUUCCCGCUGCCCCCGCCGGCCAUCGACGAGAACCGCAGUGACAGCGGCGGCAGCAGUGGCAGCUUGGUCGACGAGGCCUCCCUCUUCCGGGAGCUGGCGGGGUCGGAGGUCGUCCGCGGCGACUCGGCAGCGCCAACGAAGACGAAUGCAAUGCCGCGAGCGCCUGCGCUGCUCCUGCCCGAGCCACCGCGAUCUCGGCGAGUGAGAGAGAAAGAAGGCGAAACAUGA